GAUUCCGUUUAUUCUUUGUUUUCAUGUUAUUUUGAAAUAGCUAUUUGAUAUUAAACAGUAUAUAUAUAAUAGAAAUAUAGACGUAACAGAUUUUCGCAAUGUUCAUAUCAUCAAAGGUUCCUCUUGUAGCACGUCAAGUUCUAGGAAGUCACUGUCACCAACUACAUAGUUCCACAUUUAAAUUAAGUGCUCAGAAAACAGAGAAAACAAUAAAUCAAGUCACUCUACUUGGUAGAGUAGGCGCUAAUCCACAAAAAAGAGGAACAGAAGAACACCCAGUUGUAAAUUUCCCUCUGGCUACACACUUUAGCUACAAAUAUGAAUCUGGGGAUAUACUACAAAGAACUGAUUGGCAUAGAAUCAGUGUUUUUAAACCAGGCCUACGAGACACAGUCUACAAGUUCUUGAAAAAAGGCCAACGAGUAUAUAUUACUGGUAAACUGUCCUAUGGGGAAGUGAAGCUGGAUGAUGGCCAAGUCAGAACAGCAUCUACUGUUAUAGCAGAUGAUGUCAUAUUCUUCCAGACAUUGCCUUCAGAAACUGAGACUUAAUAAUUAUAUUGUUAUAAGAUCACACAAGAAUUUUUUAGAAAACAGAUGCUUGAUUAUCGGCCGCUUUCUAUAUUUGAUCCUGAAUCUAAGAUUGUUUUCUAUCCAGAUUUUAUUCGAUCCAUUGAUCGCUGCUGAAUCUGCAUUUCUCUAGCUCUAGCGCCCCUAAAAAAAAAGGAUCGGUCGUAAAUUUAUUCCCUUUCUGACGUUUAGUUCCACGCAAUCGGAAUAAAAGAUCAUUACAUGAAUUAGUGACUAAAAUGGUGGUUAUGUUUCUAAGAUUAAUUUAUUUAUAUAUGUGAUUUUGGCAAAAAUAUAAAUUUAUUGCAAACUUUCAAGUAUAAAAUAUUUAAACCGUAAGUACAUCAAGAAUAACGUGUUUCGAGGAACAGAACGGAACGUCUAUUGUCCAGAAUGGAACGUUUGUCAAAGGAGCAGGACGGCCAUAUAGGAUGGAAAAAAAUAAAGAGACGGCAUGCGGCGAAAUGUUAAAUGUUAGUGUCAAUUAAUGUUUUCUUGAUGUUUGUUCGUAUUCGUGACGUGACAAAUAGUCUAAAUUAUAAAAAUACCGUUUUGAUUUGACUUUCAAAAACGGCAUUAUUGGAGUUAAAACAAAUUCAUCUGAUGUUUUGUUCAGCCUAAAUUUGGAUAUAAAUUCAGCGUCAGUUAAACUUACCAUGAAGUUUAUACGCCUAAACGUUCUUGAGGACACAAGCUGCUCUUGGUCGCUGUCGCUAUUGUCCCAGUCCGAUAACUGAGCAAAUGUUCAACUUCACAGUUGCUAUCACUUAAAAAUAACUUCCAUUUUUACACGAUUACACAGUACAAUCGGUCAAAAUUGGAGGAUCGCUACUAUAGAUCGAACACGUGCAAAAUCCGAUUUGUUAAAGCUAUGGAUUGGAUAUAGAAGGCGCACAACAGUCACUACCAUACAAAUGUUAAUCUAAAAAUGCCAUCCCACAGAUGGAUUGAAACAAAAGAUCGGAUUAACGAUCCGUCGAUCGGUUAUUGAAAUAGUAAAACUAGGAUUUGGAUUGAUUAUUCAAGCUUAGAAAAUUAUGGAUUGAGAUUGACUAUAGAAAGCGAUCGUUAGUCACAAAACAUUAUCUUCUGUAGUUAUUAAGAAAAAA